UUAACGAAUCGUGAUUAAAACCAAAUAAAAGUGCCCUUCUGUCUUUUAAGUAGAAAUCUUUGACGAAUAGUGCACAGUCUUACAAAUAGAGUAAAACCUAAUAGUUAAUAUAGUUCAGCUAAUCAUUAAGUAGCGAUAUACACAAUACUUAAAUUUAUAAAAAUUUCGUAUAUAUAUAUGAUAUUACAUAUGUGAUAUAUACAUACAUAUGUAUAAGUUUAUCUGCUGUAAAAAUUUUGUGCAAAAUGGAUCAAAAAUUACAAUACCAAGAAUUGCUCCUGAACUCUGUGGAAAACGAAUUACGCAAACGUGCUCAAGGCAUGUUAAAACAAACCAAAAAUAUAAAUAUUUUAGAUUCCAAAGAAACAAAUGAACUUUCACAGUACCCUUCUAACCAUGAAGCAUGUUAUCAACACACUCGUACGUCUCCGAUAAUGACACCGACCACGACAGCAGCAGCAACAGCGGCAUGCAAGAUCAACACAGUAUUAACACACUCAAGUCCCAAUCGUGACGCUUCAAUGAAUCGGCGUUUCAGUGAAAGUUCAGCAGAUGAGUUGUACAGAAGUGACGAGUCAUUCAAACAGGGUGGUAGGAAUCAAAACAUGCGCAACGAAUUAUUGAUGAACUCUAGCAUAGCGCUUGCUUCCAAAAGACGAAACGGUAGCUGUCCGCGUUUCCACGGUGAUGAUGUAGAUGAUGGAAACGGUUGUUGUUGUUUUGGUGGUGGGAGUAAGAAAAAUCGCAUAAGUGACGCUGUUGAUGUUGGAAUACGUGUACUACUGGUGUUCAUAUUUAUAUUUCUGGAGACCGCGAAGCCUUUCAAGCGUAAAAUACACCCGGAAGAGAUGUGGCUCUAUAAAAAUCCACGCACUCCUGAUAUCGUUUCGGCGCAGGCACUUCUCUUAUCUGUAAUAUUUGGUCCGUUAUUUGUGACAAUGCUACAGUUGUGGCUGACAGGCGAUCGGCGUGAUUUUCGUGCAUCCAGCUGGGUUUGGACAUUGGCGCUUGGGUUGAAUGGCCUCGUAACCAGCCUCCUAAAAAUAAGCGUAGGUCGUCACAGGCCGGAUUUCUUUUAUCGUUGUUUUCCUGAUGGUGUUGAAGUACUGAACAAUGUCUCCCACUAUGUAAAUGGUUCACUGGACUUUUAUAAUUGCACGGGUGACAUACGCCAAAUAAGCGAGGGGCGCAAAAGUUUUCCCAGCGGUCAUGCUUCAUUUUCCUUUGUUGGCUUCGGUUUCAUUGCCAUUAUUCUAAGCGCUAAAUUGCACGCACUGAGUGCACGCGGCCGUGGUCAAUCGUGGCGUUUGUGUGUUUCAGUUUUGCCCUUGCUUUUGGCAGCGUUGAUCUCAGUUAGCCGCACUUGUGAUUAUCAUCACCACUGGGAGGAUGUGGUUGCAGGUGGUUCCAUUGGUUUGUCUAUUACUUAUUUGGUUUAUAGACAAUACUAUCCAUCAUUAUUCUCGAGCCAUUGUCAUCGGCCAUAUUUUCGGAUUUGUGGGAGGUUAAACGAAACAGCUCAACUGAACUUGCACCCGAGGAUAUAUAAAGACUUAUCAUCCAAAGAUGGUAUUGACCAUGAAAAUGUUUCAUAUGAAGAUCAUGGUGAUGCACCUAGUGAUGAACGCCGUCGACUUAUGUAAUUUUAGAUGUAACUUAUAGCCUUCAAAAACAAGUAAUUUAUUACAAAAUGUAGAUUAUUUAUAAAUUUCUACUCAAAAGCCUGAAGUAUGUGAUAUAAUACAUGCAAGUGGGUACAAUAUUUGAGUUUGCCCUUUAUUUAGCAUUUAAUUUUUUAGUUUGUACAAUUUGUUAUAAAUGAAUGUAUGUAUUACCUUUUAUUCUGUUUGAUGCCAACUUGAAUUAUGGGAACAAAUAAAUAUUUUAAAUUAUAA